AUGCGCCCUACACCACACGGCCUGCGAGGCGGGGAAGGCCGCAGCCCGGCCCCUCGGCGAUGUACUGCGGCAGAGCCGGGAAGCGGAAGGGUUCGCCUCAAACCACAAGCACCGCACACCGAGACCCACGGGCACCCCAGCGGGCAGGAUCAGCGCCAUGCCGGAGGGAGCGGAGCCGGGCCCAGGGGCCGCGGAUCACCGCAGCCACCGGCGGUGACAGGCGGUGCCCUGCCUGCCCCGAGGCUGCGGGGAUGGACGGGGACCCGAGGAGGAGGAGGAGGCCCCGCUGACUUCGUGGUUCUCCUCCCACCGGAGGUCAGCUCCCGGAUUUUCAGCGUCCUGGACGUUGAGAGCUUGUGUCACACGUCCGUGACGUGCAAGGGCUGGCACCGCGUCAUCGAGAGCAACGACCGCCUAUGGAGACACCACUGCCUGAGCGUGCGGGCUUUGUGCCAGCCGGAGUUUGACUGCGACCGAGGGAACGGGUAUUCCUGGAAGAUCACAUUACUGAGAAACUACUGGAAAAGCAAAGUGAAGCAAGAAUGGCUGUGUGGGAAAUACAGCAACAUUCCUUCACGGAACAGCUUGCCAGAGAAAAGCAUGUAUCCCAUGGAUGUUGAUACAAGGGGAGAAAUCCUGGAAGCAGAACUUGAGAGAUGAGAAACCAGUGCUUGUUUGAACAAGAACCUUCUAUCAAUAGCUCACAGACUGCCAAACUGUAAAUAUUUUGCUGUUCAAAAUCAGUUGUUUGCAAACACAUGACGAAACCUUCUAAAAAAAAAUUAUACAUAUUUUUAUUUGCACUUUAUCUGAUUAUUUUUUCUGUAAAAUUCUAAGCAAGACUAAAUAUUCAGCUGUUAUUUUAUAUUUGUAAAUUUAAUGCU